AUGACGGGCCUGCAGCCGCCCAGAACGGACGGUGACGGCGUUGGUUCAGUUCCCGCUCCCAUCUCUCACUCCGAGAUGGUGAAGUACAUUAUGGGAGACUUAAAGGAUCUUUUCCCUGAGAUCAUGGCUAGGGCCUCAGAACACCUGCGGUAUAUCUUUGGUUUUGAGCUGAAACAUCUUGGCCAUAAGCACCACACAUACCUGAUCAACAAACUGAAACCUCUGGAGGAGGAGGAUCUGGGAGCAGUUGGUACACAAGGUAAUAGCGUCACAGAGGCAAAGGUCUAGGAGAUGCUGAGUCGGUUGGGGGUGUGUCCCUCCACGUAUCACUACCUCUUUGAGGGCCCGAGGAGGGUUAUUAUGGAAGGUGUCCUGCAGCAGUGAUAACCUCAGUUGCAGGCGGUGCGUCACACCAAUCCACUCGAACGUGAAUUCCCUUAGGGUCCCUGAAGCAACCUGGAAACCAGCAAGAUGAAAAUCCUGGAGUUCGUGGCCAAGCUCCAUAAAAAGGAAUCCCAGCACAGGCCAGUGCAGGACUGUGAAACCCUGGCAGAGGAAGCCAGUAUGAGGAUUAGGGUUAGGGCCAGCGCUAAUGCUUGGGCGGGCAUCGGCUCCUGGUGA